AUGUUAAGAAUAUUUAGUAAAUGUAGAUUCUCAACUCAAAAUUUUUAUUAAUUACUGGGAGUUCGCAAAGAAGCUACUAAUGAGGAAAUAAAAAAACAAUUUCACAUUUUAGCCAAACAGCACCAUCCUGAUUCACCAAAUGCAAAAGAGAGUGACUAAGAAUUGUUUAAAUCAAUAGUAGCAGCUUACAAUACUCUAUCAGAUGAGAAUGAGAGAAAGAAGUACGAUAGGACUUUGAUGGAAUAAUAGCAAUAAUCAAGUGGGAGAUAGCAGAAUUAAGAAACAAGAACCUAAUAUUCUUAAUAAUAAAGUCAGCAGCAAUAGAGACCAAUAAAUCCUAAUGCUUAAUAUUACUACGAUUUUCGAAGGAGGACGUAAGAUUUCGAGGAGAAAGACUUUCAACGAUAGAGGAACAAAUAUAUCGAGGACAACCCAUUAUUCCAUAGUAUGAGGAGGAGUCCAGAAUUAUACGUAGUGAGUUUGGUGUUGUUUGUGAUAAUGUGGAGAUGGAACUCACAAAUGAUUGAGGAGAGAACAUAAUCGAGAUAUUAGUCAUUUCCAGAGGAUCCAGAAUUCAUAAGGGAGAAGGAAAGAGAUUACAAAAAGCGUUAUGGUCAUUCUCCUUAUCCAGACAGGCAAAUACUGUACAAGGUUACAGAGACUGAAUGCAAAAAUAUUCCCAUUGAUAUUCUUGAUGAAAUGGAUGAGAGUGGCAGAUAUAAUUUGGCCCCAUUGUGCUAUGAGAGAUUGGAUAGAUUCCGAUCAGAGCAGGGAGCUUAAGUCAUAUAAGCAGGUUAAAGUUCAUAAGAUACAGUGAACAAAUACUUAAAAUUGUCAAAAAAAGCAUAAAUUAAAAAAUAAAUAGUGGAUGAGGAAGAUGAUGAGGAUGAAGAUGAGGAGGAUGUCUCAAAAUUAUAUUAAUAGGCAAAGAUCUUUAGAAGAGUCAAAGGUGUAGAAGGAAAUCAUCUAAAUUAGUAAAAUGUUCAAAAACUAUACGAGUAAUAGUAAUAAUAAUAAUAAUAAUAAUAAUAAUAAUGA